AUGUUCAGUCCUAUGGCCUUUGCCCCACCCAACCUGAUGAACGCCCUGCACCCGUUGAACCCUACUAUGAACGCUAAUCCAAUGGCUAAUCCGAUGAACAUGCCGCAACCAAUGAACGCCCCGCACCCGUUGAACCCUACUAUGAACGCUAAUCCAAUGAACAUGCCGCAACCAAUGAACGCCCCACACCCGUUGAACCCUACUAUGAACGCUAAUCCGAUGGCCUUCUCCCCACCAAACCUGAUGAACAACCCCAGAACAACAGGGGACUUCUGUUCCAUUGCUGAACACGCCUUCUGA